AUGGCGGCGACAGCGUACGGCGUCAGGAGCCUUUUUUUCUCGGCAGCGAUUGUGCUAUUGUUCGCCGGGAGUUAUGGAGGCGCCACCGCAGCCUCAAGGCCCUCAAGGCCCUCAAGGCCCUCAAGAUCAAGGCCUUCAAGGCCCUCAAGGGUAUACAUAAAGUACAAGGAUCCAAAGGUGAAUGUGGAAGAGAGAGUUGAAGAUUUGCUAUCAAGGAUGACAUUACCGGAGAAACUAGGUCAAAUGACUCAAGUUGAUCGGUUCAACUACUCAUAUUCUCCCUCGGGCCCUGAACUCUUCAGAAAGUACAUGAUCGGAAGUAUAUUGAGCAAUCCUUAUGAUACCGGAGCAACUCCAUUGAAGCGGUUGGGCGUGGCUAACACAAUGCAGAAACUGAGUCUUGAGACGAGGCUCGGAAUCCCUAUGCUAUACGCUGUUGAUGCUGUUCAUGGCCACAGCACUUUCAUCAAUGCCACCAUUUUCCCUCACAACGUCGGUCUUGGUGCCACCAGGGAUCCCGAACUUGUUAAAAGGAUUGGAGCUAUAACUGCGCUAGAAGUCAGGGCUACAGGAAUCGCUCAAGAUUUUGCUCCUUGUGUUGCGGUUUGCAGAGAUCCUAGAUGGGGAAGGUGUUACGAGAGCUACAGUGAAGAUCCUAAGGUUGUGAAUAUGAUGACCGAAAGUAUCAUGGAUGGUUUACAAGGAAAUGCUCCUUACCUCGCUGAUUCCAAGAUUAAUGUGGCUGGUUGCGCCAAGCAUUUCGUUGGGGAUGGAGGAACAGUGGGAGGAAUCAAUGAGAACAACACUGUGGGUGAUAACGCCGCUAUCUAUGGUAUCCAUAUGCCUCCGUUUGAGAUUGCGGUCAAGAAAGGGAUUGCAUCAAUCAUGGCUUCUUAUUCUAGUCUUAACGGUGUUAAGAUGCACGCUAACCGCGCAAUGAUCACUGAUUACCUCAAGGGCACUCUCAAAUUCCAAGGCUUUGUCAUCUCUGAUUGGCUUGGAAUCGAUAGGAUCACAGAUCCACCUAGAGCAAACUACACUUACUCUAUCGAAACCGCCAUCAAUGCCGGCAUUGACAUGGUUAUGGUUCCAUUUGCGUAUAUAGAGUACUUGGAGGGAUUGACAAAACUAGUGAACGGUGGAUACAUCCCUAUGAGCCGUAUAGACGAUGCUGUUCGAAGGGUCUUGAGAGUCAAAUUCUCUAUCGGUCUCUUUGAGAAGCCAAUCGCUGAGGAAACUCUUGCCGCCGAGUUUGGAUCUGACGCGCAUCGAGAAGUAGCAAGAGAGGCGGUGAGGAAAUCAAUUGUGCUUCUAAAGAACGGGAAGACAAACGUGGAUAAAGUGGUUCCGCUCCCGAAGAAGGUGAAGAAGAUCCUUGUCGUGGGCCAACACGCUAACAACAUGGGUUAUCAAUGUGGUGGCUUUACUCUCACCUGGCAGGGAUUCAACGGAACCGGAGAAGAGAUCGGCCGUAACAAAUUCAUGGGACUCCCCACCGGUAAAACCAGAGGAACCACAAUCUUGGAAGGCAUCAUGAAGACAGUAGAUCCCACCACCGAAGUUGUCUACGUGGCGGAACCAAACCAAGAAACAUCCAAGCUUCACGCUGACGCAGCAUACACAAUUGUGGUCGUAGGUGAAGCUCCUUAUGCAGAGACUAGAGGAGACAGCAACACACUGAGCCUAGCCGAUCCAGGUCCAGACACGAUCAGCCACACGUGUGGUAAUGGCAUGAAGUGUCUAGUGGUCCUUGUAACAGGACGUCCGCUCGUGAUCGAGCCUUACCUUGACAUGAUCGACGCUCUUGCAGUCGCUUGGCUACCAGGAACCGAAGGACAAGGAGUCGCUGAUGUCUUGUUUGGUGAUCAUCCCUUCACCGGCACGUUACCUCGCACGUGGAUGAAGAAUGUGGCUCAGCUUCCAAUGAACGUUGGCGACAAGAACUACGACCCUCUCUUCCCCUUCGGAUUUGGAAUCAAAACCUAA